AGAGCGUCCAGUGAUGGAAUUUAGUGAAAGAAAAUCAGGACCUUGAUUAAUGACACUGUAGGUAAACACAGAAUUUGAUUAACAAAAUAAAAGUCCAACAUCAUAAUAAAGGGUCAAAUUAAAGGGAAACUCUAAAUUGAUUAUCUAUACGUCAUUCAUUUGUAGGACCCGGGUAAGGAAAAAUUUACAAAACACUGAUAAGAAAUUUGAAUGGAAGAAAGGAAUUUCAACUGCAACGUCGCUGUGGACUCCAUGGUACAUAAAAUCAGUUGUUAUGCAUACGGUUGUGAUGACAAAACUUUGAGAACGAACAAACCUAGAGUCGGAAGCAUUCUUGUCCAUCAUGGGAAUCAAAGACAGAGUAAUAGACACUCCACUGUUUUUGAAAAUAUCAUGUGUUCUAGUGAUUGCAGCUUUCGUUAUCAAUCUCAUCGGUUUCUCUGUACCUUAUUGGUUUGAAUUGAAAAGUUACCAUGAAGGUCUAUGGUCAAUUUGUAUUGACUCAGAAUGCACGGACUACUCAUUUAAGAAUCUGGCGAGUUGGUUUGAGGCCUCCCGGACCUUUGCUGCCUUUGGGUUUAUAGGAUCCAUCGCUACCAUAGUCCUUCUGGUCCUGUACAUCUUUGUAGAAAAGCUUAGCAUUUAUAUCGUGUACAUCGCCGCAGUGGUCACGUGUUUUGUGACAGGUGGCUUUAUCUUGCUGACCGUGUUGAUCUAUGCGGCCUUCCUGAACAACCUGUCCUGGGGCUGGGCUUUCUGUGUCGUGGCCUUCUUACUCUACUCAGUGUCCGGGGUCCUACUGAUUAUUAACUUCCUAAGGAAGGACGGGAAAGUGGCCAGCAAAUAA